CUUGGAGCGUCUUCUUUCCCGAGUGCCCCUUCAUCUCUCCCAGCCUGCUGCUUUCUCGUACCUGCAGCCUUUCUUUCUACCUCCACUCCUACCUUAUUUCUGCAUGUCUCCCCCUUCUCUUACCAUUUUCUGGUUUUAAGGGUUUUUUUAAUUUCCUUUCUUUUUUCUUCCCCCAUCCUGUUCCCAUUUGGACCAUCUUCGUUUAGUGCCUCUUAAUUUCUUGAUUUCUUUUGAUUUUUUUUCCCCUUGGACUUUGCCUUGUCAUGUCAAGAUGGAAGUCAGGCAUGACUGGCUCUCCUCAUCCCCCCAUGAGGGCUUCGAGCAGAUGAGGCUGAAGAGCAGACCCAGGGAGCCUUCCCCAAGCCUCACCAGAGUAGGUGCGAACUUCUACAGCACUGUCAAGCAGCAGGACUACAGUGCCAGUGUCUGGCUGAGGAGGAAAGACAAACUGGAGCACUCCCAGCAAAGAUGCAUUGUGAUCUUUGCUCUGGUGUGCUGCUUUGCAAUUCUGGUUGCACUGAUAUUUUCGGCAGUGGAUAUUAUGGGAGAAGAUGAGGAUGGACUCUCAGAAAAGAACUGUCAAAAUAACUGUCGGUAAGAGGGUUGCUCUUGUGGAAAAUAUUCCUGAAGGGAUCAACUAUUCAGACAGUGCACCAUCCCAUUUGUCUCUUUUCCAAGGCUGGAUGAAUUUGCUUAAUAUGGCUGAAAAGUCUGUUGACAUAGUAUCUUCCCAGUGGGACCUCAAUCACAGUCAUCCAUCAGCAUGCCAGGGUCAGCGUCUUUUUGAAAAAUUGCUCGAACUGGCGUCCCGAAAUAUUGAGAUAAAACUAGUGAGCGAUAAACUGCCUGUGGAAUCAAAGGUAUUAAACGACUUGAAAACAAAGGGUGCUGAAGUGUUGUAUAUGAACAUGUCAGCAUAUAAUGAAGGUCGGCUUCAGUCAUCAUUCUGGAUUGUUGACAAACAGCAUGUAUACAUUGGAAGUGCCAGUCUAGACUGGAGAUCGUUGGGACAGAUGAAGGAGCUUGGCGUCAUUGUAUACAACUGUAGCUGCCUGGUCCUGGAUUUGCAAAGGAUAUUUGCCCUAUAUAGCUCAUUAAGGUACAAGAAUAAAAUACCUCCGAGUUGGUCUAAGAGACUCUAUGGGGUGUAUGAUACUCAAAAUAAACUGACACUGCAGCUGAACGAGACAAAAUCUGAAGCUUUUGUGUCGAACUCACCUAAACUCUUCUGCCCCAAGGACAGAGUCCUGGAUAUUGAAGCUAUCUACAGUGUUAUUGAUGAUGCCAAACAGUUUGUGUACAUUGCUGUCAUGGACUACUUGCCCAUUGUUAUCGACACCAAUGCUAAACGGUACUGGCCAUAUUUAGAUGGGAAGAUAAGAGAAGCAUUAGUUUUACGAAGUAUUAAAGUACGACUUCUCAUAAGUUUCUCAAGAGACACAGAUCCCCUUACUUUUAACUUUGUUUCAUCUCUGAAAGCUAUUUGCAUGGAAGUUCCAAGCUGUAGUUUGAAAGUUAAAUUCUUUGACCUUGAGGAAGAGAGUGCCUGCUUUCUUAAAGAACAGAAAAACACUUCACUUCCCAAACUGAAUCGUAACAAAUACAUGGUGACCGACGGAGCUGCAUAUAUUGGUAAUUUUGAUUGGGUAGGAAAUGCUUUUACGCAGAAUGCUGGAGCUGGCCUUGUUAUCAACCAAGCAGACGCGGGGAACAGCACAAGCAUCAUUAAGCAACUCAAGGCUGUUUUUGAAAGGGACUGGUAUUCACAUUAUGCCAAAAGUUUACAACCAACAAAAAUCCCAAACUGCUUUAACCACAAACUCAGUAAAGGAACUUCAAAUAAGACUGCCAUGAGCAAUGUGAAUUAG